AAUUUCACUUCAUCUGUCUGCUCUCUGUCUGCUGCUCCACAUAAUCAGAUCUUCAUUCUUUAUCUCUACAGCUGCAGGCUGAUCCUCUCCACGACCACGAUGAACAUCUCCGCUGAGGAAGCGUCAGGCGACUUCCUUACAAGUCACUCCCACCAGGAGAACAUUCUAUUUUCCACAUUUUACAUCCUGAUUUUCAUCAUCGCCGUGCCUGGGAAUGUCCUGGCGCUGUGGGCCUUCUUCCACCAGAGCAGCUCGUCUCCGUCCAAAGUCUUCCUGCAGCACCUGUCUGUAGCGGACAUCUCGUACGUCCUCAUCUUAACCAUGCGCAUAGUUUACCAUCUCAUGGACAGCCACUGGCCUUUCGGACCUGUGGUGUGUCAACUGGCAGGCUUCCUCUUUUACUUGAACCUGUACUGCAGCAUGUACUUGAUGAGUUUCAUCAGCCUGGACAGAUUCCUCGCCGUGGUUCUCCCCUUGAAGUCACAGUCACUUAGGAAAGCUGUGUAUGCAAAGGUAGUGGUCGGCGUCCUUUGGGUGACAAUCAUUGUGUCUAUGAGUCCUUUACUUUUCUCUAAAAAGAAUGUGACUAAUAAUAACUCAACUGGCAUGUGCAGCCAACUGUACUUAGAGAGGACAUCGCACACGGCUUUGGCCUCGACCAUCGUGGCGUUCGUUCUUCCCCUCUCCACCAUUGUGGUCUCUUACUUCCUGAUUCUGCUGAAAUUGAGAACAGUCAGACAACAGGUAGAACGGCCGGUGAAAGACAAAGCCGUGAAAAUGAUCAUCCUCAUCUUGGUGAACUUCCUGUUGGCCUUCGUGCCCUACCACGUGAGCAGGGUCAUCUACAUAGAAAACUGCAGCCAGGGCCGCGUGGCCAAGGCGAGCUGCGAGGCUCUCGGGAAGAUCAAUCGGAUCACAUCCGCGCUCACCUGCGUCGGUGGCAUUCUGGAUCCUGUGUUGUAUUUCUUUCUGAACCGUGUGUACAGGGACAAACUGAUUCAGCUGUUCUGCAAGGACAAAGGGACGAGGAUCAAUAAGCUAAAUAUGUAAAAAACAUAAAUUAUUUUAAAAAGAA